AUGCCGCAGAGGUUCUGUGCUGCCUACAACGCAGGCCUGAGUCAGCCCCGCUCAGCCACGUCGCUUGUUCCUCGCGUAGGACGAGCUGUGGUUCAUACCCGAUUCUUGCGCCGUUUACACGAUGUACGUUGGAGAACCCACUCCCGUGGUUAUGGAAGCGGGAUUGCUGACCCUGAGACCUGUGACCGAAUGUACGAGAGCUUAGUCAGGAUCCACACCAACUACUACAAAAACAAGUAUCCACGCCUGAAAGACACAAGCUUCACUGGAGUGACAGUAGAAGAUUGCAAGAUGAUACUAGCAACAGACAUUCUGAAACAGAUGGAAGACAUGAAAAAAGGGACGUGGAAAAAACUGCGAGAAAAGUUUUAUGCCAAGAAACCUGAAGAGGACUCGAAGUGAUAGGCUAACUCCCAGUUCUCCACUGUAUAUAUUCCUAAAGCACUGUAUGUUGCCAUGAUGAAUAAAACCAUUUAUUCCUCUUA